AUGGGAAACAAAUAUUUGCUCUACUUGGCCAAAGCUCACUUGGAUUUUAGAAGGGCAGAGUUGGAGUCUUUGGCAGACUUGUACAAUCUCAAAGUGGACUUAUCCAAUCUUUCAGAAGAUUCCCCAUUUGUGAUCGUUGAAAUUGAAAACGAUGAUCUAGCAGCCAAAUGGAUAAGUAGGUCUAUUCUUUGUAGAGGGGUAUACGAGUAUUGGGGUGAAACCACUGAGGAUUGGGGGCAAUUACAUGAAAGUGUGAAACAAAAUAGCAGAUCCAAAUGGGAGAAAUAUGCUAAAACGUCGUUCAAAUUUGAUUUUAUUGGAUAUCAAGGUUCUAGAAACCAAAAAUCACAAGUAGAGGUGAUCGAACAGUUUUCCUACCUCCCAUUCACUGGGCCAAUAAGAAUGAAGAAACCAGAUGUGGUCUUUACUGUCAUUGAACAAUUCAUUGAGAAUACCGAGACCUCAACGAGGAAGUUUUUUGGAAGAGAAGUGGGACUUUCGGAAAGAGAAAAAGGGGUUCUUGAUAAGUUUGACUUGAGAAAAAGACGGUAUGUUGGAACCACUUCAUUUGAAGCAGAAUUAUCUCUCGUUACUGUCAAUGUGGCCCAAACUAAUGUCGGAAAGAUCAUGUACGAUCCAUUUGUGGGGACCGGUAGUUUCUUGGUUACUGGGGCUCAUUUUGGGGCUCUUACCAUUGGAUCAGAUAUCGAUAUGAAGCCUCUUAUGGGCAAAAAAAAGAACACAAUACAGGCCAAUUUCAAGCAAUACGGCACAUCAUUGAAUUUCCUUGAUACGUGUACUAUGGACUUUACUCACAAUGCUUUCCGUAAGGAUUUCAUCAUUGACACGAUUUGUUGUGAUCCUCCCUACGGGGUCAGAGAAGGCCUCAAAGUGUUGGGAACUUCUAGACCUGAGCAUUUUGUUGGAAAAGAAAAUAUCGAAAUCGAUGGAAUUAAAGCAUUUUUAAGAAAAGAUUAUGUUCCAACGAAAAAGGCUUAUUCUCUCGGAAACAUGUUAGAUGACUUGUUGGAUUUCGCAGCCAAAAGAUUGCCUAUUGAUGGAAGACUCGUAUUCUGGAUGCCGGUAGCUAACGAUGAAGAUUAUACCACUUCUAUACCCCACCAUGAGAAAUUGGAAUUAAAAUACAAUUGUGUUCAGAAGUUUAAUAAAUGGAGCAGAAGAAUGUUAUGUUAUGUGAAAAGAGAUGAUGGCUAUGAAGGCCAAACAAUUAGAGCUGGUGAGGUGAUAAAAAAUGAGUUCAGGAAUAGAUAUUUCAGUGGAUUUAAUGAAGCCAGUUUAGAUUAG